GACUGUCGAACGAACCAAAGAGUUCCCAUGCCAUUCGUCUGUCCUUGUUAAGAGUCGAGAUAUCCCCCCCCGCCCUUGCUUCCUGUUAUCUUCCUUCCCUUCUCUCCCUGUUCCCGUAGUCCUCUUCUGCAACAGCUCCCCUUUACGAAACCACGGGAAUAGGAGGGGUAUACAGUUUCCGUCGGGCCGUUGGUGGGGAGGAUACUUCCCUCCCUCUCUCUUUCUUUUUCCGGUUUGUUUUCUCUGCUUUUUUUAUUCUUCCCUGCGUCUCGUUAUCCUACGUCAGUUAGGCCUACGCUGGAGGGGGGAAACGAAAGGGAGCGGGUGGUUAGAGAUGAAGUUACAACGGUUUUCACGUGCUCUGGAGAAGCGGCAAGCUCGCCAGGAGGAGGACCCAAGCCCUCAAGGGAAGGCAUUAAUCGUGAGUUUUUGCGCUGGCGGCUUUGCUACAAGGCGAUUCGAUGAAUGGCGGACUGAUGGCUUACGUUCAAACGGGAUAAGAUUGCGGUUGUCUUCAUUUCGUUUCUCUUCUUUGUCAUAAUCGCGUUUAUUAUCCUCCGAUACAUCCGACAAGCCCACCCUCUAGCACCAAAGUUUUUCUCCGAGAAAUGGAAGAAGAGGUGGGCUACUUGGCAACCAGGCAUAUAUGCUCCCGCAGCCUCUUCAGUUAGCCCAGCCCCGGAGCCAAGUGCGGCCGCCCGGCGAGAACGGGAGCGGAGGGAGAGAAGGGAGAGACGGAGAAGGGAACAGCAGCAGCAGCAAGCGUCAGGCGUGAACAGAGUAGAAAGCGUUCGGAGUAUAAUGACUCUACCAGAGUAUAGGGCAGUGCCAUUACCAGAUCGGGAGAGAACAAUAGGAAGGGAGGGGGAGCGUGGAGGAAUCGAUGUAGUGGUUGAAGCCCCAGAAACAGCCGAGGAGGAGGAAGAGCGACGGGAGGAGCACAUGCGGGCUCUGUACGAGAUCCGACUUGCCAGACAACUGGAGCGAGCAGCGGAGCGGGAGAGUGCGCAAAAUGGCGGACGUGGCGGCAACGCUACCCGUGCCGCGGCUAGUUCCCGGAACAGAGGCAACAGUUCAGCAACUUCCCUUGCCGUGACGCUAGCAGCUGUGCAGGAACGGGAACGGCGUUUGAGCGAGGUCUCCUAUGCAGAGGUCGGUGUCGCAAGGCCUGACGGAUCCCGAGUCCGCGCGAGCUCUGAUGUCUCCGACCGGGACAGUCUUCCCCUACUGGACGCUGGCGCACCGAUGGGCAUGGGGGAUAGUAUCCGCAGUGGCCGUAGCGGCCAUAUUCGAACCAGCAGCGCUCUCUCCCUCGCUAGCACCCUUGGCACCCCGGAGCGACGCCGUAGCGACGAGAUCCUUAGCAUGGGCAGCACUCGCCCGAGUCUGGAUAAUCGGGAUAGCAUUCGCGAUAGCGUCCCUAGCGACCGGCCGCCCGGAUAUUCCGGUGAACUGGAGUGGGGUGCGCCACCAGAGUACCCUGGGAUUGUUGAAGACGGUCGAGGGGAUAUGGGUGUCCCGGUAUUCCGGGUUGAGACUGUCUCGCCGGAUCCUUAUAGACCCCCGCAGCAAACUCAUUCUUAG